UGUUCUCCCACUGACGUGUCGCACUCGCUUGUUGAGGAAAACCACAGCGCUGUCUUUCAUGCUAACGCUACUUCUGUGUCCAGCAGGUAUUACCCACCGGCAGAACGAUGUCAGAGCCCAGCAAACAGGACAUUUCUUCAAUCUUUAAGCGACUGCGCGCCAUUCCCACGAAUAAGGCUUGCUUCGACUGUGCAGCUAAAAACCCCAGCUGGGCCAGCAUCACCUAUGGUGUAUUCCUAUGUAUAGACUGUUCGGGGACUCACAGGUCUCUGGGAGUGCACCUGAGCUUUAUCAGGUCUACUGAGCUGGAUUUUAAUUGGUCUUGGUUCCAGCUGAGAUGUAUGCAAGUGGGAGGCAAUGCCACUGCGAUUGCUUAUUUCAGUCAACAUGGGUGCACAUCCAGUGCUGCCAAUACCAAGUACAACAGCCGAGCUGCUCAGCUGUACAGAGAGAAGAUAAAGAAUUUAGCCACGCAGGCCACCAGACGCCAUGGCACUGAGUUGUGGCUUGAAAGUCAGGUUCCUCUCUCUCCAACGUCACCAGAGGACAAACAGGUGGAUUUCUUCAGUCUGCUUUCACAGGACGUUCCUGAAAAUUUGAACAUGGCCAAAAUGAGUCUCAGCUCCUCCACAUCAGAGAGGUGCUCAAUGACCCCAGAAAAAGAAGAAGACAAAAACGGUAAUCUGGAGGAGGGUCCAAGCGUGGAAAUGCUGAGUGUUUCUCCCAAAGCAAAUCCAGAGCCGUCCUCUUUUCUCAAGAAGAAGCCAGCCGCUGCCAAGAAAACAUUGGCCUCUAAGAAGGGUGGUCUGGGCGCUCAGAAGGUUAGCAGCCAAAGUUUUUCAGAGCUGGAGAAGAAGGCUCAGGCUGCCGACAAGCUGAGAGAGAGAGAAGAGAGCGGUGCGAGUGCCAAGAAGAAUAUUCAUCCUGAGGAAUCUAUCGCUCCAUCCCUACGACUGGCCUAUAAAGAUCUUGAGCAGCAGCGAAAAAUAGGGGAGCAGAAUCUGAAGGGAUUAGAGGGGAAUAAGAAGGAGCAAGCUGAGAGACUGGGCAUGGGUUUAGGCAUCAGGAGUGGUGUGUCUCACUCUGUGACAUCGGACAUGCACAUCAUUCAGCAGGAGAAUCCACUGGGAGCAAAGACCAACAAAGGACGGCGGUUCACUGAGGAAGAUGACGAUGACGGGUCCUUCAGUUCUAGGACCCUGUCCCGGUUUGAGGAUCAAACAGAACCGUCUGAUAACUUCUCUUCACGGUGGGGAGAUGGAGGCGAUGGAAGAGGCUGGAUAAAGGAGAGCAAGAAACCAGAGCCAGACUUCUACUUGUCAUCCACUAUAUCUUCACUUGACGACAGGCCCGCAGCCCGGAGGAAACCAGAAGCAGUACCAGUGUCAGACACGGGAGAAGCUCGGAAAAAGUUUGGAGAUGAUGUCAAAGCAAUCUCCUCUGACAUGUACUUUGGAAAACAAGACAAUUCUGAGUACGAGGCCAAAACAAGACUGGAAAGAUUUGCCGGGAGUGCCUCUAUAAGUUCGGCAGACCUGUUUGAUGAUCCAAAGAAACAGACUGCGAGUUCGUACCGCCUGAGCAGCGUGCUUCCCAACGCUCCUGACAUGUCGCAGCUAAGGCUGGGAGUGCGCUCAGUCGCAGGAAAACUCUCUGUCAUGGCCAGCGGCGUAGUUAGCUCGAUUCAGGAUCACUACAGUUCCUGAGUCAUGGUGUGUCUCCUCCUGGUGUCAGUGUCUGUAGUCGUCCUCUGAUUACCAGAGUUAGUUCCCUCUCUACCCAUUUCGUUACCUUGGGAGAAAGGGAAAAAGAUCAGUCAGUGCCCUGAGCAAAUCUGCUCUGUGACGCAUCGAAGUUUACCCCCCAAUUUAUCCUGUAUACAGCUACAUCUAGUUUUUUAUUAGGUAAUGUAUAUACAACAGUUGUUAAAAUCAAGAUGACUGAAGAACAAUACUUGUUCCUCUGCAGGCAUCUUGAAGGGAGAUCUCUGUGUGUAAUACAAACGUGAAGAAUAUUUAGUUUCGCAGUAUAUUAUUUAGUUUUGCUUUGCAGUCCUGAGGUUAAAAUAAUUAGGAAGAACGUAUGUAGCAGUCUGAGAAGGUUUCUGUUGUUAUGAAGGAGGGAUUCGCUCUUUGUUUCCUUUUUAGUUAAUGAGGUCAAAACCUAAGCAGCAGAGACAAUUCAGUUGUAAGUACUUAAUUGGUUAAAACACACACUCACUCAUCACAUGCACUUUGUAGUGUCAUCUUGUAUGUUUUUCUUUUUUUUUCUUUUUUUUUUUUUCUUUUUAAAAAAAAAGUCUUGCACAUUCCCACAGGUUUGAAAGUGUCCUUUCCGUCCCCAAAGUGCACUUAUGUUUGCUCUUCCACAGACAGGACCAAAAGCUGAUAACGAGGCCUUGGGGGACCAGAUUUAUAUUUCUUAAUUGAAUAUAAUAUCAGUUAUGUAAAUGGAUAUUGGUCUAAUUAGUACAUAAGCUUCAUUAUCCUGCAAGUAGCUACGUUUUUUUUCUUGUCGUUUGUGUAGGUCAUGCAUCUGUAGUACAAAAAGAGAAGAUGACAUGGAGCCUAAGCAGCUACAAAAGCUAUUAAAACUAUGAAAGGAAUAGUUUGAUGGUUGGGGGAACGCGCUCAUUUGCUUUUUUGCCGAAAAUUAGAUAAGAAGAUCGAUACCGCUCUUGUAUGUGUGCGUUUAGAGGUGAGCAUUAGAGGGGUUGGUAGUGGGAGUUAGUUACCUUUUGACAGAGCCAGGCUAUCUGUUUUCCCCUCGUGUCUCCAAUCUUUAUGCAAAGUUAUGCUAAGUGACUGCUGGCUCUAGCUCCAUGUUUAACGGACAGAUACGAGAGUGGUAUCAAUCUUCUCGUCUGACUCUCGGCAAGAAAACAAACAAGUCUAUUUUCCAAAAUGUCGAACGAUUCUUUUUGGGAAAAAACCACAAAAAAAAAAACCAAAAAAAAAAAAAACACUCAAAACAAAGUCUUUUUUUUCCUUUUUCAAUCCAGUUGUUUUUAAUUAGACACUUUAAAGAAUUUGUAAUCAAGAAUAAGGUCAACAAUGUAAUAUAAAUAGAUUUAUUGAAUUUGGAGUUUUACUUUCGAUGAUGUUUGGUUUGAAUUUUGUUAAAAACUGUGUUUAGACAUCUGUGGUGAAUUCCUAGGUUUUCCCCUUCGGUAUAUUAUUUAAUGGCUCACACUUAGAGUCUUGAAGGACUCAUUUUUGUAGCUUUCUCGCCCAAAUGUAGAGCAGCACAUGUCCACUUAAAAUAAUGAAUGUAAACAAACCCUUUAAAGCCUUCAAAUCUUUUUUUUUGUUUUUUGUUUUGUUUUGUUGCUGCAACAUAUUGCCAAGGUCCAUGUGAUAUAUUUAAUUACGUCAGAUAUAACAGAGGCAGUGAUGAGCCACAAAUAGAACAACAGGCGGUGAUACAGUGUGAUUUUUGGAUUUGACAUUUAAAAGCAAUAGAAAAGCAGCUCGAUAUCCGUCUAUGGCUUUGGUCUUGCAAAACUACAGCUUGUGCUUUAGCAUUUAUCUAAAGUUUGCUUAUGGGUUAAGGGACUAGUGUUUUUGAAGUCCAGAUUGGGAACGGGAUUAUUACAUUACUGAGCAAUUUCUGUACUGUUUAUGUUUCUCAGGAGUUUGAUUUGACGUGUUAAAUAUGAAACUAUUAAAGAGUUAUACAUCCCACAAAGACCAAAUAUUUGUUAACUCCAUCACUUUAUGCCUUACUCCAAAGAUCUAAAUCACACGUCCUGAAAUUGCAAUAUUGUGGCGUCAUCUAGUUACCUUUUUGCACAUAAUUUGUUAGAAAAUGCACGUGGCAGCUUUUGCUUGAAUGUACUGUAUUGCAGUGGAACCUUUGCCUCUAAAUCGACGAUGCGUCCGCGUUAAAUUUACGUUUUGUUGAUCUUUGUAAGAUUGUUUGUGUCUUCUGCUGUGAUGAAUGUUGAUAAAUGUUACAUAAGAGUAGCAGCUUGUGUAAUUUUGCAUGGCCCUCGUAGUUAUGAGAACAGAACCCUACACAUCCUGAAUACAAGAUAGCAAACGGUCGCUGUGGACCAUUCAUUCAAAUGAUAAUGGGAUUACAGAACUGCUUAAUAAUAACUGUAUAGUAGGCUCGGAACUGCUGCAUACAGUGUUGUACAGGGCUUUGAAUAUCCGUUUAUAGAAAGCUAUUGAUAAUCAAAUUUUGACAAGUUUUGACACUCAAAAUGUAAGAUUUUUUGGAAACAUGCUGAAUAAAUGACU